CCAUUUGAGUCAGUCUACUGAGGUGAAACAGGCAGUUUUCCACCAAUGCAUUUGUUUGGGCUUGUCAGUUUUGGGUCAGCUGUCUGUGUAAAUUUUGAUAUAGGCAACAAAUGAAUGGUUUUAGAUUCUGAAUAUACAACUAUUUUCAGAAUUUGGUGUUUGAAAGGCCCUGUAUCUGCUUCAUUCAGAGGUAAAGCUCUUGAGGUCAGUAUUACAUAGAUUAGUCUAAACUUUCUACGCCAAUGCUGAGGGGGUGGAAAACCAGAAAGCACCUCUGCCCCUGAUAAUGUUUUUGUGGCUUACCAAGUGCACUUGAACUAAAACCAGGUUUAACUGAAACCAGUAGUUAAAUCAACACAACUAUUAAGCUGGGAAAGUUUUAUCCAAAAGUGACUACAGUGAUAUGCUUUAGCCUUAAAAUACAUAGCUAUAUUUCAUGUCAUGUCUAUUUGGUAAGUCAUAUUUUAUAUUAAUUCGCAAACUUUGCACAUUCAGCUCUUACAUUGUGGACUUCUUACUGUAAAUUAUAGAUAUUUUAUUCAAUCAUUUCUAUAAUAAAUGGUAAUAACAAAAUUAACAUUUUAGCAUUGUACUAUGAUGCAUGUUCUCAAAUGAACUUUUUUUUUUUUUUUGUCUUGCAUAGUUGAUUGCAAUCUUAUUGUUAUGUUGCUCAUUAAGGAACCAAAGAAAGAAAGAAAGAAAGAAAGAAAGAACUGCAACAAAGACAGCAUAGGAAAAAAGGACCUCCCAUAGAAGAGUCAGAUCAGAUAACAGUUUGAACAUUUGAAUCCUAAGUGAAAAUUGUCAUUGAACCUGCCCUGAAAUACAGCAAAGCAAGUCCCCAGGGAAAAUAUUUAAAUUGGCGUGGUCGUUGCUAACUGGAAGGUCCAACUCGCUUUAGCGACUCGGUUCGCUCGGACAGUUCUUUUCAAUGAAUCAUCUGAUAAAAAAGAAUCAUUGAUCGUUGUUCAAACAGUAGUGUUUACAAACGUCCUAGCGCUGGACGUUUUUUUGUGUGUGUGUGUGUGUGUGUGUGUGUGUGUGAAAUAGACACCCUCUCACAUCCUGGUCGUGUUUGUUUAUGCCGUUUUUAAAUCUGAAGAACAUUUGUCACAUGUUGCGUAGUUUAUGGUUCAUAUUUGUCACCAACGCUCAGUACCCUUUAAAAAACAGACGGAUUUGAGUUCCGCAGGGUAAACAACGCUGAGUGAUUCACGGACGCUUUACGAAUCGGUUCGACUAAAUCACCAAAAGGAACCAUUUCAAACAAGCGAGUCAUUCGCUGACAUUAGCAGCGCAUUCACAUGCCUCGCUGUUCACACCGCGAUCUUGCGACGUCGUAGGAAAGACUGCUGCCUUAGAUCUCUACAUGUGGUAACUAUCACAUGAAUUCACGACAGAUUGGAACAUGAACGGAAUUACUCUCUCCAGUGUCAAAAGAAGAGGAACGAAGACCAAAUCUUAUAAACUCCGGAUUGAAGAUGAAGACCGAGAGAUGGGAGCCAUGAAGAGGUUCAGUACAUUUUUUUCGUCCUUCCGUGGGAAAAAUAGCAAAGACGGAGUGUCUAAUGAACCAGACCAACCUGUCAGCACAGAACUCUCUCUCGUGGAAGAGAAGUCCAAGGAGCAGCGCUACAAUAGCGGGCAGUUUUUCUUCGAGUAUCUGGUGGUGGUGAGGCCUAAGAAGACCAAAGAUGAGACAUAUGAACCACAGAUCAUCUAUCAGUUUCCCAAGAAGGAUGGAAUGGUGCGAUUUCAGAAAGAGGAGGAAGAGAAGACGUUGAAAGCGCUCACACUCUUUUGCUUUCCUGAGGGUGUUAACUGGGCUCCUUUAACAGAAUAUCGCAGUGAAACAUUCUCUUUCGUGCUUACAGAUGUUGAUGGAACCAGGAAGAAUGGAUACUGUAGGAGGCUGCUGCCGGAUGGAAAGGGUGCUCGUCCUCCUGAGGCCUACUGUGUCAUCAGUAAUUUAGCCUGCUUUGGACUCUUUUCCAAGAUCUUUGAUGAGGUUGAGCAACGUAGGAAGAUCUCCAUGGCAAUGAUCUAUCCAUUUAUGCUGAGCCUGAGGGAGGCAGCAUUUCCUGCCCCUGGACACACUGUUAAUAUCAAGAGCUUUAUUCCUGAAAGAGGCACUGAGAUCAUCAGUUUGACUCGCCCGACAGACUCGUGGCUGGAGCACGUGGAUUUCCGCACAUUGUUCAGUUGUCUGUCAGAUGAGGAGGUGAUCCAGGUGUUUGCUGCUACAGUGCUAGAGCGACGGAUCAUCUUCAUCGCUGAAGAGCUUGGUACAUUGUCACAAGUGAUCCAUGCCGUGGCAGUUCUCCUCUAUCCAUUCAUCUGGCAGCACACUCUCAUCUCCAUCGUACCAGAGAUCCUAAUUGACGUCGUCAUGGCACCCACGCCAUACCUGCUGGGUGUCCAGAAACGGCUUGCCGAUCAGGCCACUGACCAGACAGAUCUGCUUGUUGUUGACUUGUCAGAAGGCAGAAAGGAGACAUUUAUCAAGCGUAUGGGAGAUGAGGACACAAUAUUACCUCACAAACUCAAAGACGAAAUCAAGCAGGCCCUCGGUGCCAAAAAUGAGAAAUCAAGUCUUGAGGAGUUGAACCGGGUCGUCCCAGAAGCAUUUUUGCCGUUCUUUAUUAAGACGGUCGGCCACUUUUCUAAGUAUAUGGUACGGAAUGGCCAAGACAAACAAGGCGAGUUCCAGCGAAAGAGUUUCUGUAAAGCUAUAGAAUCAAAGAGCACACGGCGGUUUGUAAAGAAAUUUGUACAGACGCAGAUGUUUGACCUCUUUAUUCAGGAGGUCGAACAGAGACCCGCCUCUCAGGACGGCACAGGGUUUUUUGAGAGAAAGAUUGCUGAAUACCAAAAAAAGAUGAGAGAGAAGGCAAAGAAACACUAGUGGCGACACUCACCAAUGAGACUGAUUGUAAAUCUUGUGUGACAAAAAUCCAAUUGUAGGAAAAUAAUUUCAAGGAAUGUAGAUAUGAUUACAUUUAAUUUCAUUACAUUUCAUUUUUUUAUUUAUGAUUUGCAUCUGUUAGGUUUGACAGACUUUAACUGCUGUUUGUCAUUUGUGUGUGGGUCUUGUUGGGUGUCUGGGUAUUUGUAUUGUGAUAAGCUGCUGUAUUUAAUGUAUGUAAGGCUUGUUUCAGAUAGACACUCUGGGCUUUGAGUUUGACCAUACGGUUCAUUGUCACAGAAGCUGAGCCAGUGGAAAGAUGCAGAAUUGAAAUGCAUACUUUUCUAAAUGUAUCGAUCUCUCAGUGUAUUUUUUAUUUUUUUUUCAAGGAAUUUUAAAUGAAAACAAUACAAAUUCAGUUUGAUAUGAAACUAAACAAAUUUCUAUCCAAUUUUUUUAAAUGCCUGUAAAAGCACUAAAAGAUGUAAAAAUAGGUAAAAUAUAUUUUUUCUAAUAUUAAAAUGGAAAAAGACUUGCAUAAUUGUACAUUUGCAAUUGAACUGUUUAUAAAAUAUGUGAAAUAUUUGUACAA